GGCAACAUUGCAAUUGAGGAUAUUCUUGGAGGAUUGAAAAAAUACAGUGUCAAUUUGGAUUAGUCAUUCAAUUCAUCUACAUACAUUUUUAUUACAAUGGAGGGAUUUGAUGAUGCCGGCGUAUUUUUCUCAGAUAACUUUGGGGGCGACCAAAAUGCGGAUGCCCAAAUUAAUUUACAAGCCGUCAAAAAGAAGUACAAGGAGUUUAUUCGUACUUUUAAUGAGGACAAUUUUUUUUAUAAAUAUAGGGACAAUCUAAAACGUAACUAUCUCAAUGGACGCUACUUUCUGGAAAUUGAAAUGGAGGAUGUGAUGGGCUUCGAUGAGACACUGGCAGACAAGUUAAACAAGCAGCCCACUGAGCACUUGCAAAUCUUCGAGGAGGCUGCACGCGAGGUAGCAGACGAAAUAACAGCCCCUCGCCCGGAGCAUGAGGAACACAUGCAUGAUAUUCAAAUACUGUUGAUGUCUAGUGCGAAUCCCACAAAUAUUCGUGAACUGAAGUCGGAUAGUGUAUCUCGUUUGGUCAAAAUUGCUGGAAUAAUAGUGGCUGCUUCGGGCAUUCAGGCUAAGGCGACACGAAUGUCGAUUAUGUGCCGAUCGUGCAGUACUGUUAUACCGAAUCUUAAAGUCAAUCCCGGACUGGAAGGGUAUUCGCUGCCACGCAAGUGCACCACUGAGCAAGCCGGUAGGCCCAAGUGUCCCCUGGAUCCCUUUUUCAUAAUGCCGGACAAAUGUAAAUGCGUCGAUUUCCAAACGAUCAAGCUGCAGGAGCUCCCAGACUUUGUACCACAAGGCGAGAUUCCACGUCAUCUGCAGUUAUUCUGCGAUCGUUCGCUUUGCGAGCGCGUCGUGCCUGGCAACCGCGUGCUUAUACAGGGCAUUUACUCAAUCCGCAAAGUCGGUAAGCCCUCGAGGCAAGAUGGUCGCGAGAAAGCCGUUCUUGGUGUACGUGCUCCAUACAUGCGCGUAGUUGGUAUAACGGUGGACGCUGAGGGAGCCGGAGCCAUUUCCCGUUAUAGCAACAUUACCACCGACGAGGAAGAAACCUUUAGGCGCAUGGCUGCUUCCCCUGAUAUCUACGAUCGUCUUUCGAAAUCAUUAGCACCCAGCAUCUUUGGGUCCAAUGAUAUAAAGAAGGCCAUCACGGCCAUGCUCUUUGGAGGCUCACGUAAGCGCCUUCCAGACGGUCUUUGCCGUCGUGGCGACAUUAACGUCCUACUUCUGGGCGAUCCAGGUACCGCCAAGUCGCAGCUCCUCAAAUUUGUCGAAAAAGUGUCUCCCAUCGGCGUCUAUACAUCCGGAAAAGGUUCUAGCGCAGCUGGUCUAACCGCUUCAGUCAUGAAAGAUCCUCACACGCGUAACUUCGUUAUGGAAGGCGGCGCUAUGGUUCUAGCUGAUGGCGGCGUUGUUUGUAUCGAUGAGUUCGACAAGAUGCGCGAGGACGAUCGCGUUGCCAUCCAUGAGGCAAUGGAGCAGCAAACCAUAUCGAUCGCAAAGGCUGGCAUUACGACCACCUUGAACUCACGUUGCUCAGUGCUUGCCGCAGCCAACUCAAUCUUUGGGCGUUGGGAUGAUACAAAGGGCGAAGAGAACAUUGACUUUAUGCCAACAAUUCUUUCACGUUUCGACAUGAUAUUCAUCGUGAAAGAUGUGCAUGAUGAGGCUCGAGACAUCACUUUGGCCAAACACAUUAUAAACGUUCAUCUUAGCUCCAACAAGUCAGCCCCAUCCGAGCCGGCCGAAGGUGAAAUAUCACUGGCCACGUUCAAGAAGUACAUUCACUAUUGUCGCACUCAUUGCGGUCCUCGACUCAGCGAAGCUGCUGGCGAGAAGCUAAAAAGUCGUUAUGUUUUGAUGCGAAGUGGUGCUGGGCAGCAGGAGAAGUCGGCGGAUAAACGUCACGCCAUUCCCAUUACAGUGCGUCAGCUGGAAGCUGUUAUUCGUAUUUCCGAAUCAUUGGCCAAAAUGCGUUUACUUCCGUUUGCUAUCGAUGAGCACGUGAACGAAGCGCUUCGAUUAUUCCAGGUAUCCACCCUUGAUGCCGCUUCAACGGGUAGCCUUGCUGGGGCAGAAGGUUUCACCACCGAGGAAGACCAGGAAACUCUGAAUCGUAUAGAAAAACAACUCAAGCGACGCUUUGCCAUCGGAUCACAGGUUUCUGAACAAAAUAUUUUACAGGACUUCUUGCGCCAGAAAUACGAGGAGCGCACUGUGAUGAAGGUCAUUCAUACCAUGAUUCGUCGUGGAGAGCUUCAACAUAGAAUGCAGCGGAAGAUGCUAUAUCGCAUAUGCUGAAAGUGUUUCCAUUGUAUUACUUAUAUUGAACUAUUUCAAAAUAUUUAUCCCUUUACAAAUUAUGUUUUUUAAUAAAUUUAGAAAAAAAUAAUUUUA